CAUAGCUACAGGUAUAUACAGGGAGAGAUCUACCUAUACAUCUGCAAAGGAAUGUGGAUGACAUACAGCGUGCAAAGGAGAGCGACAUGUACAGAUAUAUUGUAUAAGCUCAGCUACUGCUCGAGAUGGCGUCUCCAGUCUCGCCCAAUUUUUCAGAAUCGCCUCCUCCUCCAUCUUUGCCUCCUUCAGCUCACCGCUCCCACUCACAAUCACUUGUGCAAGGAAUCACUAGCAGAUCACCUACCAGUGAAGGGAGAGGAUCACCAAGUGCAGAGGAUGAGCCAGAUGUGGACACGGAUUUUGGCAGUCCAGAGGAAUUAUCUGAUGAUGAUGAUAGAAGUGACUUUGAAGAAACUUUGAAAAAGAAACCCAGGAGAUCCCGCAGACCUAUUCUGAAGCCAGCCCAGGCCAGUAAGCGAGUCAGGAGAGAUGAGCGAGCCAGGGAGGACCUGUUUGAAGCUAUCAGACUAGGCAGAAGUGCCAUGCAAACGCUGGUAGAUGAUUGGUUGGACAGUUACAAGACAGACCGCGAGUCUGCGCUUCUGGGACUCAUCAACUUCAUUAUACAGGCCUGUGGUUGUAAAGGCACAGUGACCAGAGACAUGAUGGAGACCAUGCAGAAUGCAGAAAUCAUUAGGAGAAUGACGGAAGACUUUGAUGAAGACUCUGCAGAUUAUCCUCUAUCACUUGGUACCAAGCCUUGGAAGAAAUUCCGGGUGAAUUUUGGAGAAUUUCUGGGAACAUUGGUGAGCUGCUGUCAGUACAGCAUCAUCUAUGAUGGGAUUCUCAUGGACACCCUUAUCUCCCUUCUCACUGGACUCUCAGACUCUCAAGUGCGAGCCUUCCGACAUACCAGCACAUUUGCAGCCAUGAAACUGAUGACAGCAUUAGUGAAAGUAGCCAGGGACCUAAAACAUCACUUUGACACAAGCCAGCGUCAGUUUAAUGUGGAGCGGGCAAAAAGUCCAGAGAAAAGAUCAGCGGAGAGGUUGGAGACGCUUGUCGGAAAGAUGACAGAGAUGCAUUCCAGUCUGGAAGAUGUUGGUAAUAUGAUGAACACUUUAUUCAAAGGCGUCUUUGUGCAUCGUUAUCGUGAUACUCAUCCUGACGUCCGGGCCCUCUGUAUUGGAGAACUUGGCACGUGGAUAACUACUUACCCCCAGUCCUUUCUGAAUGACAGUUAUCUGAAGUAUCUGGGGUGGAUGCUGCACGAUAAGCAGGGACUGGUAAGGUUACAGUGUUUGCGCAGCCUGUAUGAACUCUACAUUGUUCCUCAGUGGGCCGGAAAGUUGGAGCUAUUUACCAGCAGGUUUAAGAACAGGAUGGUAUCCAUGGCCCUGGACAAGGAGCAUCUAGUCUCUGCAGAAGCCAUACAACUCAUCGGGCUCAUCUGCAAGAACAUGGAAAAUAUUUUAAGCAAAGAAGACUGUGAGAGUAUUUAUCCCUUGGUGUAUUCGAAUAAUCGGACAGUAGCAGCCGCAGCGGGGGAAUUUGUCUACCAGAGGUUAUUGGACAUUAGCACAGAGGAGCAUAGUCCCGAGCACAGCAAUCGCCGCAGUUCCCACACGUCGUUCUUUCAUCUGCUGAUUGAUUUCUUCAUCUCCAGUGAGCUUCAUGAACACGCUGCCUACCUGGUGGACAGUCUAUGGGACAGUGCGUCCUCUCAGUUAAGGGACUGGGAAUGUCAGACUGAUCUUCUCCUGAUGAAGAAAACCUGCUUGGAUGACCAGGAGGAGAGUGCUCUGAUUAAGAUCUUGGUGUCUUCCAUAACACAGGCAGUAGAAGGGACAUCUCCAGUUGGCCGAGUAUUUACAAAGAAGAUCCUGUCUACGAAGGAUAAGAAGACUCACUCUGAGGAUAAACUGAGGCUGAGCCGGCACAUGAUCGUGAUGUUACCCCAUCUUCUGGCUAAGUUUUCGGCUGAUGAAGACAAAAUGGCAGCUCUGCUAAAAGUGGUAGUUUACCUAGAAUUAGAAAUUUACUCAACCGAGAGGCUGGAGAAGAAUUUAGACCUUCUGUUGAUCCAAGUGCAUGAUAUCAUGGAAAAGCACACAGAACCUCUGGUCCUGGAGGCCUGUUCUCGUGCGUUGUACAUUUUGUGUGACCAGGACCUUGCAUUCUGUAAGAGAACAGACAUUAUGCUCAGCCAACUAGUGGACAAACUCACCAGUCAUUUCCAGAAUCACCUUCCGGACAUUUUGCAGGUGACGGAUCUGGAUGAGGAUGACAUGUAUAAUGCUGCAGCCACAAUGAAGAGGCUCUCUGCCCUGUACAGCGCUCAUGAUCUUAACCGAUGGGAGUUCUUUGAACCCUGUAGUCAUAUUCUGCAAAAGGCUAUAGACACGUCGGAGGUUCCUGAACAGAUCAUCAUACCAGCACUUGUCUGCUGCCACUUCUCCUUGCUAUGGGAGCUUGCACACUUCAAUAAGUACCAACCUUCAGAGGAGGAGCUGGCCACUUUACGGAAGAGACUUCUGCUGUUCCUCAGCACGUGUCAGAGUCUGCUGUCAGAUCUUCACUGCGGAGUGAGAGAACAGGCUUUUAAACUACUUAGUGAUCUCCUAGUGAUUUUCAAUGAUCAUAUUGGCCACGGUGAUCGCUCCUACCUUCAGACACUUUCCUAUUCACCAGAUCUUCCUCUUCAGGCUGAGCUGGCCGGAUUCCUCGUUGAUCAUGUGUUCACCAACGCAGAAGAUGAGGAUAGUGGGGAUGAAGGUCAUAAAAUCCAAAGGCUCCAUGAGAGGCGCAUACUUCUGGCAGGAUACUGCAAACUGAUCCUGUAUAACACCCUCGAGCUCCGCUUUGCCAGUGAAGUUUUCAAGUACUAUAUAAAGUAUUAUAUAGAUUACGGAGACAUCAUAAAAGAAACCUUGAGCAGAACCCGAAGAGUGAGCAAAGAGGAAAGCACCAGGACAAUACUGCUGUGUCUCACCCAGGCGUACACAGGCCUCAGCUUAGAGGAUGACUCUCCUGACCGUCGCUUUUCACAACCUUUCCUUGAAAUCCGGGAUCUUGCAAGACGCUUCUCCCUUCUUCUAGGGCCGGACCAGAUUAGAAAUCGUCAGGACGUUGUCCUCCUGCACAAAGAAGGUAUAAAGUUUUCCCUGCGCUCCUCCCCCGGUGAUCCCUGGUCUCCACAGAACCUCCUAUUCCUAGAUGUAUUAAGUGAAUUCUCCCCAAAACUUCUUAAACAAGACAAAGCUGCACUCUUACACUACCUUGAGGAGACGUGCCAGCAGUGCAUUCCACCCGAAGAGGCUUUGAGCGUUAAUAAUGAAGGCAAUGAAAUUUGGGCGCCGCUUCAUGCAUAUAGAAAGUCACUGGGUAUCGACAUGGAGUCUGGUCCUGCUACACCAAGCACACGAAGGGCAAAGGAGAGGAGACGGACUCACUCACCCAGGGUCUCUCCAGUCAGUAAGAAGAGAAGGUUCACCAAGGAAGAUUCCAACAGAGUCCUGACUGACGAGGAUGAGGAGCAGUCACCACUGUUGUCUUCUACAGUGCUGCACAGGAGGAAGGCCAUGCGGAGCCCUGCAGAAGACAGGGGAGGGUCUGAUUCUGAUUUUGAUACCAGCCAGUCCACCAGUUUCCGCCGCCCCGUGAAAUCCGCUGAGAAGACGCGAGGAGAGACCUUGCGCAGCAGUCUGCAUAGGUUGAGAUUAAUGGAGGAGAAUGAAGAGGAAGAACUGGUGAUAGAUGACAAGGAAAGCAGCACGACUUCAGGAGAGGAGGAGGAGCCGGACUUCCUGGAUUCUGCUAUCCUGGACAGUGAUGAAUGAGACCUUGCACUGGAUGGAGCCCCUUCACUCUCGCGCUGAUGCACAGGGCCUGCGGGUUACACAGUUCUAUUAUAUGACAUGUUUUGUUUUCCUGUAUGAAGGUUUGUAGUUUAGCAUAUGUCUGCAGCAUAUUGCGACUCUGCAGAACAUUGCACAUGAGUUCUGUUGCACUGUUUAUUAUGUUUAUGGCACUUCCUUCAAAUUACACGUGGACAGAAAUCGUCAGUGUCCUGUCCCAUUACUUGGAGAGGGGGAUGUGCUGCAGGAAAGCGGCAAAUAAGUGCUUGUUAUUAGGUAAAUCUAGGAUCCUCUCACAAGGUAAGAUAGGUGCCAGCGGGCUAUUAACCCCUUAGGGCCCAGCCCAUUCUCGUUUGGUUACUCCCUGCCUUCUCAAAACCUUUUUAUUUUUCCAUUCUUUUGCGGUACAAGGUGCACUUUCAGAUGGCAUCACUUUACAUUGCAUACAACGUAGUGGGAAGCAGGUAAAAACAUUCCUUAUGGGGUGGAAUUGGGGGAAAAAAUGCUACUGCGCCAUAGGUUUAUGAUUUUUAUGGCAUUCUCUAUGCUGUAAAACCGACCUGUUACCUUCAUUCUCUGGGUCAGUACAA